AUGGAUAUGGUGUUCCAUGAAUCUGCUGCCUACUAUCCUGCACCUCUUCAGGGGGAGUUGCCUAGAGUGGAAGAUGUGCCACUAAUUACUCCAUUGGAAGUGGACAGAGUAGAUGAUGGUUAUUUGGAAGGAGUCACAAUGACACGUGAGAUUGAUCAUCUUAAAGCUUACAUGGGAACUGAGUUCGAGAUCAAGGACUUGGGGAAGCUCAGAUUUUUUUUGGGUAUCAAAGUAGCCUAUUCUGCUCAAGAAUGGAUUCACUUUCCACCAUUGCAGCCUCUGCAAAGAUUGCGACGAGUGGCAGGGAAACUGCUUCCAGCCCUGCUGAUACUGAUAGCAAGGCUCUCACAUAAUCCUUCCUCUUUUUAUAGCUUUUCUUCUUCUGUUUCUGCUACUGAAGCAGGGAUUUGUCAUCAUUAUUUUUCUUAUGUAUCACAUACUGAUGUGGCCCAUGACUGGCUAAAGGAAUGCUGGCUUCAGUGGGUGCCUCAGUGUGUCCUUUUUAAGUAUGGUAUAGAUCUGCAGAACUCUGGUUUGACUGUCCCACAUUUUAGUGUAUCAUUUACUGGUUCUUCUACGUUCAUUGCACAAGAACAGAUAUGCCUAAAGAGACUUUGGGUGUCUAGCAAACCAACCUGGAUGAUCGCAUACCGUUCAGAUUUGAAGAGGAGAAGAGUAUAUAUAAAGCUCAUUGAACCAGCUAAACUAGAAGAGGCUUAUAAAGGGAAAAUUUUAAAUGUGUAUUUCUUGGCUGCUACAAUGCCUAUAUGGAUUUUGUUUUUUGCCCUCGGUGUUUCAUCAGAUAAAGAAAUUGUUGAUAUGAUUGAUCUGGACAUUAAUGAUGCCACUUUCAGAGAUAUACUUUUCUCUUCCAUAUUGGAUGCUGUUAGGGACUGCAAUGAUUUUCAUAAAAAUGGAAAGGCUCUCAAAUAUGUGGAUGAACUUUUUAAGAAAGCAAAAUUUCCGCCUAAAGAAUCCAUAGAGGACUGCUUCAGCAAUCACUUAUUUCCUGCUCUUACUGGCUUGAGACAAAAGGCCCUCUUUCUUGCUUAUAUGGUCAAGUGUCUUUUGCUGUCUUAUACUGGAAAACGAAAAUGUGAGAACAGAGAUGAUUUUAGAAAUAAAAGAUUGGAGUUAUCUGGUGAGUUGAUUGAGCGAGAGCUGAGAGUGCACAUAAAACAUGCUGAGAGGCGGAUGAUUAAAGCUUUGCAGAGAGAUCUAUAUGGAGACCGUAUCUUGCACCCGAUUGAACAUUAUCUUGAUGCUUCGAUUAUUACUAAUGGUCUUUGUAGGGCAUUCUCAACUGGUGCAUGGUCACAUCCUUUCAAAAAAGAGAGAAUGUCUGGUGUAGUGGCAAAUCUCAAACGAACAAAUCCAUUGCAAACGAUGGUAGAUUUGAGGAAGACACGCCAACAUGUUGAGUAUACUGGACGGGUUGGAGAUGCUAGAUUUCCGCACCCUUCACACUGGGGACGGUUGUGCUUUCUCUCUACCCCGGAUGGAGAAAAUUGUGGGCUUGUUAAGAAUUUGUCUGUCACGGGACUUGUCACGAUAAAUUUAAUGGAACCUCUGUUGGACAAAUUGUUAGAUUGUGGUAUGGAAAAGCUGACCGAUAAUCAAUCUGCUGCCUUUUUGAGUAGAAAGGCUAAAGUUUUUCUGAAUGGUGAGUGGGUGGGAAGUUGCGAAGAUUGUCUGUCAUUUGUCGCGGAUCUGAGGAACAAGCGUCAGAUUAAGGAGAUACCACCACAGGUGGAGAUUAAAUGUGACCAGGCACAGGGUGAAGUUCGCGUAUUUUCUGAUGCUGGUAGAAUAUUAAGACCUCUCAUAAAUCUUGAGAAAUUAAAGAAGGUAAAAGAAUUUAAAGGAGCAUACACCUUCCUGUCUCUUCUAGAUAAGGGUGUACUAGAGCUCAUUGGGGUAGAAGAAGAAGAGGAUUGUCAGACUGCAUGGAGUAGUAAGGACAUAUUGGGGGGAGAUAAGGGUAAGAACUAUACACACUUGGAGUUGGACCUUUCGUUUUUGAUGGGUUUAAGUUGUGGUCUUAUCCCAUUUGCCAACCAUAAUCAUGCUAGGAGGAUCCUAUAUGAGUCUGAGAAGCACUCUCAGCAGGCUAUUGGGUUCUCCACAACAAACCCCAACAUCAGAGUGGAUACCCUGUCUCAUCAGCUAUACUAUCCCCAGAUUCCUCUAUUCAGGACCAUGGUCUCUGAAUGCCUUGGAAGAUCACAGUAUUCCCAAGGUUAUGGAGGAUUUAUUCCCAGACCUGAAUAUUAUAAUGGACAGAAUGCUAUAGUAGCAGUCAAUGUUCAUCUAGGAUACAACCAAGAGGACUCCUUGGUUAUGAACCGGGCUUCUUUAGAGCGUGGGAUGUUCCGUACUGAGCACAUUCGAAGUUAUAAGGCUGAGGUUGACAACAAAGAGUUACUAGCCACCAGAAGACAAAAGCCAAAGGAUAGAGUGGAAUUUGCCAAAAUACAGAGUAAAAUAGGGCGUGUUGAUAGCCUUGAUGACGAUGGCUUCCCUUAUGUUGGGGCAAACUUGCAAACUGGUGACAUCGUCAUUGGUAGGUCUGCAGAAUCAGGCGCAGACCACAGUAUCAAGCUUAAACACACAGAAAGAGGAAAGGUUCAGAAAGUUAUCUUGUCAGCAAAUGAUGAUGGAAAGAACUUUGCGGUUGUUUCUCUGAGACAGGUUAGAUCACCAUCUCUCGGGGACAAGUUCUCAAGCAUGCAUGGUCAGAAGGGUGUUGUUGGACUGUUGGAGUCUCAGGAAGAUUUCCCAUUUACGCUUCAAGGGAUAGUUCCAGAUAUUGUGAUAAAUCCUCAUGCAUUUCCAACACGGCAAACUCUUGGCCAGCUUUUUGAGUCUGCUUUGGGGAAGGGGAUUGCCGGUGAUGGUUCGAUAAGAUAUGCCACCCCUUUCACUACGCCCUCGAUUGAUGAUGUCACCAAUCAGCUGCACAGGGCUGGAUAUGAGAAGUGGGGAUCUGAGAGAUUUUGUAAUGGUCGAACUGGUGAGAUGAUGGAGUCCUUGAUCUUCAUUGGCCCUGCAUUCUAUCAAAGAUUGAUCCAUAUGGCUGAAGAUAAAGUGAAGUUCAGGAACACAGGGCCAGUGCACCCACUCACACGGCAGCCAGUAUCAGACCGGAAGCGUUUUGGUGGGGUCAAAUUUGGUGAGAUGGAACGCGACUGCCUCAUAGCCCAUGGUGCUUCAGCUAACUUGCAUGAACGCCUGUUCACACUCAGUGAUUUCUCUCAGAUGCACAUAUGCCGCAAGUGCACCAACAUUGCAAGUGUUAUCCAGAGGUCAUUGCCUGGAGGCAAGAAGAUUCGAGGUCCGUAUUGCCGGUUUUGUGAGUCUGCUGAGAACAUAGUGAGGGUUAAUGUGCCAUAUGGAGCCAAGUUGCUCUGCCAGGAGCUUUUCAGUAUGGGUAUAUCAGUCAAGUUUGACACUGAAGUGUGUUGAAAUGGACGUUCCUUGUAUUUUUUCCUCAUAAGGGUGUUGUCUAUACCUCUGAUUUCUCUUCAAGAAACACAAAAAACUUCUGUGAGUAGGUUUUGUACCUGAUACAAUCACUUGGAACAACCAGCUUUUUGGACCCAAUCCUUAAAAGUAAUGUACAGCUCAUUACCCUUUCA